AUGCCGUUGCAACUUGAGGUGAACGACAAGAUUUGCGACGACAAUGAGGUGCCAAAAUAUCAGAAUACUUAUCAUAUGGAAUCACAAAAUCCUUUCAAGACUGAUCAAGUUGAUAAAAUCGUGAGAUCGGUGAUGAACAAUCGCUUGGAUGAACUUACGUAUGAUAACGCAGAAAGUAUGAAAUUAUGCGGUGAUAUCGCAUCGGAAAUCCGCCGACGUAUGAAGAAACUCAAUUUUAACAGGUACAAAAUCGUCAUCGUCGUUACGAUUAUCGAGAAGGUCAGUCAGUCUGUGGAGACUACUGUUGGUUACUUGUGGGACAGCGAAAAGGAUAACUACUCCGUUUUCUCCUUCGAGGGCCGGACUUUUCACGCUUAUUGUUGCGUAUUUGGUCUCUAUUACGAAUAACUUGUAACAUGUUUUGAAAAUAUUAUUAAUAUCAAAUUAUAUAAAAUACAUGUCAUAUCAACGGGCAUACAAAAUUAUCUGUGAAGAAUAGUACAUUCAUAAUAUAAUUAAAGUGUAAUUAUGCGAGAUAAUGUUCGAGGUAAUCUAUGAAAAAAAUAAAAUAAAAACUCCUAGUAUUCACGUGUAAGUCGCAUAAAUAGUUGUCAUAUAUCUACAAGUUGAGAGACAGUCCUAUUCGUGACGUCGAUUCAACAAUCGGACUUGUUUCUUCCGCCAAAACGAUUACACGGAUAUUUUGCUUCACCUCGAUGGGUAUCAACAAGGAUAUCAUGCCUCUCAUACUUUAGAAUUACAAAGAUGUGGCCCACAGGAAUUGGAGAGCAUCCCUAUCAACUUCUUAACUGUUUUUUACAAGCUGAGCUACGCAUAUGCGACUCCUCGUCUAUUAUCCCUGACGACACGAUGAUGAAAAUAUCUCAUUUUAGAUGCGACUCUAAGGAAUCUCCCUUCCCAAAGUCGCUUUCUACCUGGUAGAGAAUCCCGUGAUCCUCAAGGGCUGCAAAAAUAGAAUAUGUGAUUGAGUGAGGUUGAAGGAAAUGUUGGUCCUUGUGUUGCAGACGAUUGCGAUUUACAACUAUGUGGCGUAAAAUUUUAAGGAGGAUCACAUCAAGAUAUUCGACAGAGUUUUAUAAAAUUGUGAUGUAGAAGAAAAAUCUAUCAAGCAACAAAAACUAUGAUCGCAUGAACAUUGAUCAAUAUUCGAUAAUUCACUCUUUGUUAUACAAAUUAUCUCCCCUGCCCCCCCCAGUGAGCAAACUUUAGGGAUAACGCAUACAGGAGAGAAAGGAUCGUGCUUGCGUCUCCGACGUCGUGGUAGGAAGGUAACGGGGAAGGGGUGUAAUUUUUAUCUUGCAAGCGCAGAAUUGACUCGUCCCAGUAUUUCAGGGUUCAAAUUAGGACGGAACGCCGACGUUCGUAGCUAACCAGGUCGAAGAGGUCGCGAUACGUCAGGUUUAAAACGUUAGACAUGCGCUAGGCGCCGGUUGCUAGAAGCAACGAAGCUCGACGACCUCGCGACGGUAUGGCGACAGUGCCGCACGAACUGCCGUGGCGAACGGUACUCGCGAUCGUGUCUAGGUACACCCACAUACCUGUUUACAUCGUACGAAUACACUCAUUGACACAUACGAAUACACACUCGAGUCUCGUUCUCGAUUUUCCUUCCUACGCCGAGCGGCGUCGGCGGUAGCUCGAUCAGCCGCACCCUACAAGUUCUCGAGUGACGUCUUGGAUUCUCGGAUACCUCCUUGGUAGCGAGCGUCUCUGAAUUGUUGU